AUGUGUGUCUGUCCCCUGAUCCGACUGCUGUCAAGCUCCUUUUAUAGCUCCAGAAUCAGCUACGAUCCACCUCCGCGUAUCUCGCCACGUGCAGCUAACAAUCCCGGUGAUCUCGGACCAGACCGGAUUCGAAGGAGAUCUUCUUUGACUUCGUCUUUCGUCGCGGUGCCGACCUGGUCCUCGAUCGAGCUGGAGCUCGUCUUUACGUCGACCGGAAUAGCUCGGAUGGCGGUUAACUGGCCUACGAGGGAGUCGCUUGGUGGGCUCGAGGUCUUCUUGCUGGGCUUAGGUGGGCCUGGACUUCAAUCUUGGAUCAAGACUCAAUUUAAAAUAUGA